AUAGCUGGAAAGCGGAGUCAGUCACAUCGAUAAAAAAAAAAAAAAAAGGGCGGGAAAGGAAGGGUGUGUCAAAAUUUUGAGAGCCACUCCCAGUUUUGCACCCUCCCACAAAAUCAAAAUCUUCGUUCCGUGUUUUAGCAAUCGGUAGAGAGCGAGACACGGUUUCUGCAUUAUUGCUUUCAGAGGGACUCAUUGCAGUCAUUGAUUGUAAGCAAUGGAGAAAACGCCCAAACAAGGUUCCAAUGCAUCACUUUUUCCUUCUACUGGAAUUGGAUCGAGGUUCUCCAAUUUGAACAAGUCUUUCAAAUAUUCUCUCAGAUCUUUGCUCACUUCAUGCUCAAAGGAGGAAUUUUAUAAAGCAUUUUCAAGUUUCUCUAACACUGAAAAGGAAUUGCUCCAUCGCCUAUUUCUUCAGGUCAUUACUUCGUUGCAUGAAAACUUAGAGGAUGGGUUUGAGACGGUCUGUCUUCAAACACAGGCAGGAGCUACUCUUGAUGCUGUGGAGGAAAUUGUGGAAGAACAAGAUCUGGAUGUCUUAUUUUCAGAUAGGAGUAACAUAAUGGAUGUUGCUGAGAAUCUGUCUAUGGCAAAGAAGAAUGAAAUCCAACACUUAAAGCAUAUGGUUCAAUUGGGAGAGGAACAUAAUCAAAUGUUGCGCACUCGACUGCAACUCCUUAGAGAAGGCAAUCAAGUGUUAUCUGGUGCCUCACAAGCUGUUGAGAAGUUCAAAAGCAUGAAUGUAAAUUAUGGGGCAAACAGCGGUGAUGGCCAUGAUGUAUAACAUGUCUUGCUCAUUCUCUCCUGCAAAUUGACGAAGGUUCAUUCUCUGGUGAAUAAUUCCCAUUGUUUUAUGUUGUAGCAAUGUUUCUUAAGAUUCUUACUUCACGAGUAAGUCUACCUUAGUCCUUGAGAUUAUAGGGUCAUGUAUUUUAGAAGCUAAGAUUUUAAAAAUCGUGCAUUAGUUCCUGACUUUAUAAAACAUACUAAUUUGCUUUAGUCUUUUUUAUAUUUUAUUUUUCAUUAUCGUUUUUACACUAGUAAGAACUGAAGUGAAUGUUAACAUUGUAUAUUAUCAUUAUUAAUUUAAGUUCUGUGAAAAAACAAAGUA